GUUUAGUGAAAUUGUUGAGCACUAACACAAAACUUCACAAGCGCAGCAGCAGCAGCAAAAAAAAAUAGUAAAAGAUUUUGCAAUUUUUUUCGAGGAACUCAAUAAAUGUUGAUGUAGCACAUCGAGCACGCAGUGAAAUAGCGCUUGCAAAUGGGCUACGAUGUGAAUCGCUUUCAGGGCGAAGUGGACGAGGAGCUCACAUGUCCCAUAUGUUCAGGAGUGCUGGAAGACCCGCUUCAGGCGGUCAUGUGUGAGCAUGCCUUCUGUCGUGGCUGCAUCAAUGAGUGGCUAUCACGUCAGCCCACCUGUCCAGUGGAUCGCAAUGCAUUGACCACAUCCAAUUUGAGAGCAGUGCCGCGCAUAUUGCGCAACUUGUUGUCCAGGUUGUCAAUUACAUGCGACAAUGCGCCAUAUGGCUGCACUGCGGUGCUCAAACUGGAUGCCUACAACUCACAUUUGGAAGAAUGUGUGCACAAUCCGAAGCGUCCGUUUCCCUGUGAAAAAGGCUGUGGCUUCGAUAUACCGAAGGACGAGCUCAAGGAUCACAAUUGUGUGCGCGAGCUGCGCACAUUGAUUGUGAAGCAAACGGAGCAAAUGGGUCAGCUGAAAACGGAACUAACGGAUCAACAAUUAACCAUAAAUGAAUUGAAGCGCGAAUUGCAGCUCUUUAAGGAUUUUAUGCGAGCAAUGCGCGUCUCUAAUCCGGCCAUGCGUGCCAUUGCUGAUCAAAUGGAACGGGACGAGGUGAUACGCUGGAGUAGCGCCCUGGCCAGAGCGCGUGUUACACGCUGGGGCGGUAUGAUCUCGACUCCCGACGAUGCACUACAGCUAAUGAUAAAGCGAGCGCUGUCGGAAUCCGGUUGCCCUCCCCACAUACUCGAUAGCCUUAUGGAGAACUGCCACGAACGACGCUGGCCCCGUGGCUUGAGUUCGCUGGAAACGCGACAGAAUAACCGACGCAUCUAUGACAAUUAUAUUUGCCGGCGCAUACCAGGCUUUGUCGUUGUAGGCAAACAGGCGGUGCUAGUGCUCAGCUGCGACAACGUCCACAUGACUGAGGAUGUUAUGGUCGAGCCGGGACUGGUGAUGAUCUUUGCGCAUGGCAUCGAAUAGCUAUUCUGUAUGGAAUAACCAAGAACAGAAGCUACAAUUCAACUACAUAAUUAGCAAUUAAAUAACUAUAUUGAUUGUACUAUAUCAAAAACAGUGCUCAGUUUUUGUUGUUUCCUUUUGACCUAAUGCAUAAGUCUUAACCACAAUUGUCAUAUUUGCAUCAGCAUCAUCGUUAGCAUUAAGACAAAACUCGAAAAAAACAUCUCGAAAUCUCCAGGGGAAAAACAAACCAUUCAAGCGCCUCAUAACAACUAUCAAGUUGUAGCAAACUAAUUAUCUAAAUUAAAUUAUAUAUUGUUUCGUAUAUAUACAAUAA